AUGGAUCCAGACGCCGGUACUACGCGCGACCCCCGUCUCGCCAGUCGUUCGUCCAGACCGCCCCUGAACCGUCUCUCCUCCCUUCCAUCCACUUCAGGCUCGCCCAUUCGCGUCGCAUCGGGCUCACAACCGUCUGGGAACAUCUCGCCAGUUGACGCUCAGAAUGCCACCACCGAUCAAUUUAUACGAGGGGUCUCCGACUUGGUGCAGGCAGCCGUUAUCGCUGCCAGCAGCCAUUCCGAAAAGGAGAGGCUUCAAAAACGGAGGGACACAACAGAAAACCUACUAAAGAAAGCCAAAUCCCACACCAGCUUCCCUUCUACCGCUGCCUUUUUCCAGCAAUCACAGAAGGACGAAGAGGUCGAUAUCACCCGGGUCGAUGAUGCUCUCAAGAAACAUGCCGCCCACUAUAAGCAGCUGGAGAAUGCUCUGCGGGCCAAAUUCAGCUCGAUCAUUUCCUCGGACACUCCCAGAAAUGAGGACAGACUCAAUCAUCUGCAACGCGACUUGCAAUCGACGAGAACCGGCAUGGGAAAUACUAAUAAUGAGAUCUCAAAGCUGCGUGAUUAUAAUAUCAAUCUGGAAGGCAAAAUGAAACUUCUCCAAGAUAGGAUGAGCACGCUGGACAAAACCGCAACAAGCCAUGCGAGCACACUUAGCGCGCAUCAUAAACUCACGAAAGAGACCUCUGAGCGUAUCACCAAGAUAACUUCAGAGAUAGAGACUGCGUCAGCCUCCAAAGAGAGACAGGACGAGUCCGCCGCGUUGAAGACGCACAUCGACGAGUUAAGGACACAGGCAUCAGACUUGGGUGUGAAAAUCCGGUCUCUGCAGAAGUCCCAGCAGGAAUCCUCUGACUCUUUUGAUAAGGCCAGUAAGAGCAUGGACGAUCAUCAAAAGAAGCAUGAUAGCCAGAGUAUGGAGAACACCCGAUCGCUAGCAGCGCUGAACGCGCGUUUAAUCUCACUCGAACAUAAGAAUAUUCAACCCUCUCCACCUGCUGAGGACGUUACUACAGGUCUAUCGACCAUGCUAAAAAAAUUGGAAUCCCGACUACAGAAGCUGGAGAGCGAUUUCUCCACGCAGUAUAAGCCCGACCCAACGUUGGGGACUAAACUUCAAGAGAUGAAAGAUGAGCAUGCAACGCUACGGAAGAUUCAGGAAAUGAAGGACGACCUGCAAUUCUCCGAGAUGGAGGAACUGAAAAGGGCGUGGGAAACAGGCGCCCAAGAAUUGGAGAAGAUUCAGGCCAAUCAGACGCGACUCGAAGAGGAGUUGAAGGGUUUGAUCCAAAACCAAGCGAUUCCAGCCGUGGUUCAGGAGCAGAUCGCAGGACUUUCGACCGGGCUCCGCAAUACGCAACAUGUAGUUGAAACUGUGAGAGUCGGGUUGCAAUCAUUCGAAGCACGGUACAACAGUCUGUCAACAGAUACCAUUGUUAAAAACAUGGUCGUAGCCAUGCAAGAGAUGUAUCCCUCAACAGCGCAGUUGACAGAGCAGAUCUCUAUCAUAAGAGGCUGGUUUGAACGAGAGAUUCCCCCCAUGAAAGCGACGGUGGAGCGUCUCCAAUAUAUUUACGCGAACCAUCGGGAAGAGUUACAGAAAGAAGUGGCUCUGCGCGUGGAGGAAGUGGCUCGCUUGAGAAGGGAGCAUACCAACUUGUCGCAGUCCCUCGCCCCUGUUUGGGAGCGGCUUGCAGCCCAGAAUCAGAACCGGUGGCUCACUGCAGAUGAUAUGCGACAACUGCAAGGUGACCUAAACGCUCUGGAGGCUAAGUUAAAGGAGCACACGAGUAAAUUUGACGGCUACUUGACGUCAAUGAAGGCAGAAGAAAAGCUACUGGUCCAAAACCUCAACAUGGACCGGGCCGAUCUGCAUAAUCAGCUCAAAGCCCUAGCUGACGAGCAAGGGGCGCUGGCGAAACGAUUCAAUGAUACUCGGAAGGACGGUGAUCUGCAGAAACGAGUCAGCGCUCUAGCUGACAAGCAAGAAGAUUUACUGAGGAAAUACACUGGUUCACAGAAGGAAAAUUGGCAAAGUCGAUUUCAGGCCCUGUCUGACGAGCAGAAAGGCCUGGCAAAAAAAGAGAAUUUAGCAAAGAGCAAUUUGCAGAGUCAAGUUAAAGCUCUCCUUGAUGAACAAAAAACUUUGGUUGAACGAUUCGUCGAUGCUCGUAAGGACCACGAUCAGCUCAAAGCUUUGGUUGAGGCACAAGAAACCCUGGCAAAGAGAUUGUCUGAAGCCCAGGCGAGUAACGAAGGUGACCUGAAGAUGUUGAAGUCCUGCCCCGAUGAGCUCAAGACAAUGCUUGAUCGUGUAUGUCAGCUCGAAGACGCUACCAUGGAGAAGUAUCAGGGUUUGGUCGAAAAGAAUAAGCUGUUCGAAAAUUCCCUGUCGAGAAACCAUAAGACUCUGAAGGACAGCUUCAAUGAUCUGGUGCGGAAUGUCCAGCGCCGUGAACCUCCACUGCAACUUGAAGCUCCUCCGCAGGAUGAUAAUACCAACACAUUAAAGUGUGAGGAUGAGGAGGGUGCGCAGGAUGUACAGGAUGUACAGGAUGCGGAGGAUGAGGAAGUGCAGAAAAUGAUGAACAUAGCCGAAGCAACCCCAGCGCGUGCGCCACCGCAGAACAAGAAAAAAAGACCACGCCCGUCUACUCUAUCUGAUGAAGACCGUUCCAGCUUAUCCCGAAAUGGAUCACCAAGAUCCAAUGCUGUGGCCUCCCCGGCGGGAACGGACGCAACGCCAUCGACAGACACCAGGAAGAGCCGCAAAAGGAAGAAGAAGAACCGCAAGGGGCAAGCUGGAGGCCAAGGGAUGCAGGCAGGAGGCACAAUAGUCAUUGAUUAG